GUGUUACGCCAAGCUCGCUUGGUGGCCGGCGACCUCUCGGCCCCCGCCCCUCGGGCCUUGCUGGUGCCGCUGGGGGCAGAGACGCUGCGGCUGCCGUUGCAGAUUCUGGUGCGAUGUACACCCAAUGGACCAGAGGUCACAGCAUCCGACCUCCUAGACUUGGCCAACCAGGAUUUCGCCCUGGCGAUCUUCAUGGCCGUGAGCGCCAUGCGCGCGGGCAACGGCCGCUUGAAACUGAAGCUCUGGCAAGUGCUGCAGGAACUUGCAACGUUCCAGUUCUUCUCCUCGGAAGUCUCCAGCUUUCGGCAAUCCUCCGAAGAGACGCCACUGCAGGACAUCGUGGCCGAGUAUCCCAGCUAUGCACAUGGCUUGGCCUAUUGCUUGCUACAGGCAGAUGCCUUGGAGGCAUGUUGCGAUUUGGUUGCCGGAAGCGCGGAGGCACCGCAACGUGUGGGGAUCAUCAUGGCCUGCCUUCAGAUGCUCCACUGCCUGGCUGCCUCGGACCAACUCUGGUCUUCGGGGCGGCUGCUGGCCAGACGCAUUGCGAUUCUAUGGCCACGCUUCGGAUAUCGGGUCUUAGCGCCCCACCUGCGUCGUCUGGUGGCCAGCACGGAAGCAGGUGGCCUUUCUGCUUCUGCCUCCAAUCGCGAGCUGCGUCGUGACCUGCGCACGCUGGGCUGGCUGCUGCACCACGUGCCGUGGAUGCGACGGCGCAUGGACCUGUUGGUGGUUCUGGCAUGGCUCCUGAUGGACUACAUGCUGGAGUUGGUUGUUUGGGCACUACACCUGUUGGAAGUCGAGCGCAACAGCAAGUGCCUAUGGCUGGAAGUGGAGCGCAGCAGCAACCUAACCAACCGCCGUUUCAGUUUCCCCAAGACGAUCCUUGGGCAGUUUACAGAGCUAGGACCGCCACCAGAUCAGAAUGAGGUCAUGCGGCAGCUGAUCAAUGCCAUGAAUACCAUUCCAACUGAGCUGAUUUUGACUGAAAACGGCUAUUCUCUGAUUUUGGGAGCUCUCAUGCAGAAGUACAAACCCUACUUAGAGCUAGCCGGCCCAGCAGCUAUUGACACGUUUUUCUACUCAGGAGAUAGGCAAAAGGGUGAAACUUUCAGUUCCUUUGUAGCCUCAAAAGAAAUUCAGCGUCAAGACAUGCAACAGCAGCUGGGCGAAACAGUUUCGGAUUUGGUUUGCGGAAGAGUUUUGCUCAAACAAGCAUACCUGACUGACCUCCAACGAGAACUUCUGUCCUUGAAGUCGCAUGCCCUGCUGACCUUCGACCAAGUGGCCGCCAUGCUUCGGACUUUGGAUCGAAGCGAAGUGCUGGCCAAAUCGUCCUUUGGUUCCUCAACCAGUGGAGUGAAGGUGCUCUUCCAGACGGACGAGAACCCUGAGAACUCCGAGAACUAUGACGAGGAGUUUGAAGAGGACGAUGACUAUAGCGAAGAUGAGUCAGUUGAGGAUGGAUACUAUGUUUUUGAAGACAAGAAGGAGUUCCAAGAGCAUGAAGCCAUCUAUGUUCAGGCGUACAAUGAUGUGCGCAGGGACUUGCGAGAAAGGAGGAAAGAACGUGGUUUUGUCCGCCAUCGCAAGAAUGCACCUGGUGGAAAGGGCAAGUCAAGGCCUCAAGCUUCAAAGAGGAGCCAACCUCAAGGUCGUGGUCGUGGACGAAGUGAUCGCAGUGGAGGCCGCCGUGGAAAUUACACGAAGGGCACAGCAUCUGAACUGGCCGCAAGGGUACGCUGUUUCAACUGCCAGGAGUUGGGUCACUACGCAGCUGAUUGCCCGUUGGCCAAGAAGGGAGAUGCCAAGACCUUUGUCUCCAGUCGUGGCGGUGGCCGCACUGAGGUCACCACCACCAUGGUCACUUCGAGGAAGAUUUGGUCUUCCAUCAACUUGCAGAACUUCGAGGCCAUCAUCGACACAGGAGCCGAGGACGCAGUCAUUGGUUCAAGCUAUUUGGAACAACUCACGGAGGAGCUCUUGCAGAAUGGCCUACGCCCUGUACGAGUUCAAGCCAAACAGAUUCCUUGCAUGGGAGUUGGUGGAGAGGCCACGGUGAUGGGCAGCGUGGACGUUCCAUGUGCCAUUGCAGGACUUCAUGGAGUCAUCCGCUUCACCAUCCUCAAGGACCACGAAGAGUUCAAAACACCUCCAUUGCUACCAAUCAGCUACCUGGAAGGAAUUGGUGCCGAGCUCAACUUUCAGAAUGAUGUUCUGAAGACCCGAUGGAACCACACUGCAGCCAUGAGACGAUUGCCAUCUGGCCAUCGCGCGGUGGACAUCCUGGCCUUCAGUGGUGCUUGGAAUCUACCUGCUGUUCAUCGUCAACGAGAUGGUGUGGAUCCAUUCAGCAUCGACACGGAGCCCUUGGUGCUGGCAACCGUGUCUCAGAGCGAAGGUCAGGUCCGAGACACUGGGCCUUACAUCCUUCGUGCCAGGAGCUAUGAGCCCCACUAUCGGCAGCCUGGACAAGCUCUUCCUGCAGCGGAUGUGGAAGGCAUGAGAGUUUGGAUUAGGCAGGCCAAUGGCUUUUACCACCUCUAUGCAGUUCUUCCUGGAAAGCAUGAUCGCAUGAUUGUGCCUAGCGCCUUGAUCGAUCCCAAUCAAGAUUCCUUGGGCUACUUGUUGCACAAGGUCAGAAUCACUUGCUUACUCUUCGGCGAUGGAUCCCAUGACAAUGUCAUCGACAAUUGGACCGAAGAUUAUCCCAGCCCAGUCCCUCAGAACUCAUGGACUGGGCACACGAUUUUUGUAGAGAAGCUCGUGGGAGUGCAGCGCACUUCAAAACCUUUCAAUCCUACCGGAAUGAUGCCGGGAGCAGCUGAAGGUGACAAGGAUUUAGCGUUUCACUUCGACCAGUUGGUCUCACUUUGGCUGGAAGACGCAAUUCAGACGCGGCUCAGAAAUCGAACCGUUUGGCAUGGAGCCGUGAUAUGCUCAAAAGAUCUGUGGUUUUUGCCUCCCGAUUUCUUGGACUUGGUAGCUAUGGCAAGCCUCCAGGGCAAGGUGGAACAGAUGGUGGAAAUCUCGUCCGGGGACGACCAGCCCCGCCAGAAGAAGAAGACCGAGCCGCAGAAGCUGAUGUCGGUUUGGAAGCGACUCACCUUGACCCUGCUCCAGAUGAUCUUCACCGCUCGCAACCAGAUGGUCAUCGACUACAUCGGGAAGCGUGCGGCCGAGAACGAUCGGACUAUGGAAGAGCAAGAGUUUCAAAAGUACAAGUCCCACGUCAAGGAGAAGAUGAGCCAGAACAAGUCCAAGGGCAGUUGGAUCAACCAAGGGAUCGGCAAGCCACUGAGUCGAUCAGAAGCUCAGAAACAUUGGAACUUCGAGGUCAAGAGCUGCAACCAUCCAGCCGAGACGUUGGGAAAGGACCGAAAGCUCACCCGCUUCCUCAUCAACGACGGUGAUCGCUCCGGAACUUCCUCAAGCUCAAUCAUUGAAGGAAGCCAGGACCGGCAAGAGCUAUCCACAGUUCUUACCAGCACCUCGGUCCCGGCCACAGCAGGGGAACAUCCAGCUGGAGAACGACUUCACCGGGAAGGUUGCGAUGAAGCCCGUGGACACCAAGGUUGCGGAGAAAGUCGGGACUACACCAACGACCGAAGCUUCGAAGACACCACCAACGAGAACCAGUCGAAGCCCAUCCGUGACGAGGAAGUCAACCAGCGGCCUUCGACCAGACCAACGACUCAAGAAGAAGACCACCGAGGAGAUCCCGCAGAUGCCUCAGGAGCAUACACUAUCCGACGGCUCUUGGGAGGACGAAGUGAUGGUGGCAGCAACCAUGCUGCCGGGCAAUUCCCUUUGAGAAACGCUAUGCUCAGUGUGGAGCAGCUUGGCUCCACCGGACGAAAGGUGAAGAAUGCCUUUUCUUCAAAGGGCAUUGUGGCCAAAGUUUUCAUGGUGCUAUGUACAGCCGGCAUCAUGGCGAAUUCAGGAACUAUGCAUCAACAACCAGUACCAGACUUCACUUGGCUCGGCACUCAACCUUUUUCGAGUGGUUCACCUGACGGACCACUAGUUUCACCAGAUGGGCAUUUUGCUCACGGUCAAUUCGUGGUGGAUGAAGUUGACCUUGUUAGACAGUCGGCAAUAGAUCUUGAAGCCUAUGACAUCAAGACCAUUCCCAGGAAGGUCAAGAGAGCUUUAGCAGCCAGUUUUGGCAAGGGCUUCAACCAGAACAAACAGAAGAGCCGAUGCAACCAGGACAACUUCAAGUUCAAGGAUGGUAUACCUGAACAUGGCGAAGUAGAUGUGAUGGAGAUUUACUCUCAGCCGAGGGUGUCAGCUCGUGCUUCACGACAUGGCUUGAAACCAGGUGGCUCUUUAGACCUCUCCACCGGUUGGGAUUUGAGCCGACCAGACCAUCAAGCCAAAGCUCUCAAGCUGAUUCGAGAACUCCGUCCAGUCGUAGCUGCUGAGCUGGAGCAAGCAAAAGUUCAUGUGCGUUUUUCAGUGCACAUUGCUCGCAUUCAGAUGAGUGCAGGUACUACGGAGUUUGAGCUGGUCGAGCCCUUCGUUUGUCCAGCCAGUGCAUCAAUGAGCUCUACAGCUACGUGGAUUGCUGCCUCAGGUGCUCAUCCUUUGCACAGUUAUGUGGUGGAAGAGUCCAAAUUUCAGGACGAGUGGUACGAAAUCAUCAGCGCAUUUCCAACGCACAGAAUUUUAGAGGGCGGCGGACGUGCUGGUGAUGGAUCUUCGACUUCGACGACUUCGACGGCUUCAUCGUCUUCUCGCUCUACAACUCGUGGUGCAGCGGCGUCUACUUCGACUUCUUCCUCUACAGCGUCCAGACCGAGAAUGUCAACGUCUCCUUUGCCACCAACUUCAGUUGAUCAGCCGAGGAGAAGACCAUCUCCUUUGCCUUCAAUUGCCGAAGUCAAGGGCGAGGAUGCGUUGGAAGAUCAGUUGGAUGCGGAAGUUGAACGAGCAGGACAAGAACUUCGACGUCCCGGACCCGCUCACGAACCGGAUGUCGGGGAAGUGUCAUUGCAUCCUGAGCUGAGACGAGAACUAUAUCGACUACACCGAAAUCUUGGACACCCAGAUCGCCAAACCUUUCUUAGAGCUCUUCGACAUGCUAACUGCCGGAAGGAAGCCUUGGAAUGGGUGCGGUCACGUUUCCAGUGUCCAAUUUGUGAAAGAAAGCAGAAGCCCAAAAGUCAGAGGCCAGGUCAUUUGACCCAAUCGUUGCCCUUCAACCGAGUAGUGGGUGUGGACUUGAUGUUCUACGAAGACCACGUUCUACUGAACAUGCUCGACUGGGGCACGGACCUACAAAUUGUGGUUGAAGUCGAGGACAAGAGAGCACAAACGGUAUGUACAGCGUUUAUGGCGCAAUGGGUUGCUCACUAUGGUCCACCAUCCCUGGUCAUUGCGGAUCAAGGAAAGGAAUUUGUCUCCGAGGAGUUUGGUGGCCGAUUAGGUGAGCACGGAAUUUCUGUGCACUAUACCGAUGUGCGGAGUCCUUGGCAGAAUGCUCGCACUGAGAGGGCAGGUGGAUCUUUCAAGACCAGACUUGAAACGAUCAUUCAUGAGACAACUGCAACUGAGGAAGAAUUUCCUUUGGUGUUGGCAGAGACCUGCGCAGCUCACAACCGCUACUACAACCGUGCUGGCUACUCUCCAUAUCAGCGGACUUUUGGUGUUAAUCCUCGUUUGCCUGCAUCGCUUCUUUCAGACGAUGCUCUCGACCGAGACCUACUUCGUGAAGGAGCAGGAGAUGAAGUUCGACGAGUGUGGGAGAUUCGUGAUGCGGCUGCAGCAGCUUGGAUGAGGUCCCAGGACACAGAAGCUAUCAAGCGUAGCCUGAGGACCACUACCAGGACAGCUGACAUGAAAGAGCUCAAGGUUGGCGACACCGUGUUUGUAUGGCGCCACACUGCCGUCUACAAGGGAUGGACCGGACCAGGCAUCGUGGUGGCCAUCAACAGUAAUGAGCGAUCCUUGUGGAUCAGCCUUCGCGGAUACUUGGUCAAAGCUUCUCGUGAACAAGUCCGAGCAGCUACCUCAGAGGAGUUUUUGGGAGUUGAGCUGGUACAAGAAUUGUCUUCAGCACUUCUAGAAGAUGUGGAGACUGGUCAACUUCGAAACUAUCGAGAUGUUCAGGCGGAAGGACCUCCAGAUGAACUACCUCAAGAACUCCGACCUGAACCAGAACUACCUGUUGUUCAACCACCCCUUGUACCAGAUCCGGAUGUUCCUAUGGAAGUUGUCCCGGAAGAUCCGGAAACACCUCAUCUCGAGCAGACCUUUGACGAAGAUGAUUUGAUGGAACCGGAAACGCCGGUCCCAGUACCACCUUCUACUGCUGAGGAGUCAACUAGAGCACCAACCGUUCAGGACGUUGAGACUAUGGAACAUGAUGAACCGCCAGUACCAACGACUACUUCUCCGAUCUGCAUCUUUUGGACCUAUGCCUGGACAGAGAACCAGUCGGUCAUCAAUGCCAUAUCCUUUCCUCAACCUGGUUUAGCACCGUGGCCAACUUCAGGGAUGUGCAAUCAAUACUACAACGUCUUGUCCGAGGAGAAGGAGAUCAAUCAAGUUUUCUGGAAGUACCAGAAGUCCCAGGAUCUGCACAUUCCACAGGCUAUCAACGAAGAAACCUUUGUGCUGAAAGAUGCCUACGGCCUCUUCGACCAGGACUUCAAACACAUGUUCAUCAGCAAGGCCAAAGAAAGCCCAGGUCAAGUGGUUUUCAAACGACUUCCUGAAGAACAAGCCCCAGCCUUCCGUGCAGCUCGGGACAAGGAGAUCAAAUCAUUGAUCGACUCAGGAGCCAUCAAAAUCCUGAGCGUGGACGACAGUUUGAAGUUUCUCAAAGAGCGACCGGAGCACGUUUUAGAGUCCAAGUUUGUGGACAGAUGGAAACCUACGGAGAAGUUUGGCGUUCUUCCUUCAGACUACCACACUCCAGGCUUCCGACCUCACAAACAUCCAGGACUCAGUGCAAAGAGCAGAUGGUGCGUUGUUGGAUGGCAGGACCCAAUGAUUCAUGAAAUAGAGCGUGCCGCACCUACACCAUUGACGUCAUCCAUGUACCUGUUCUUGCAAGUGUGUGCCUCGAGGAAGUGGAAAGCUCGAGCUCGGGACGCAAAAACGGCAUUCCUUCAAUCAAAACCAACAACUCGGAAGAACAAACUAUGUUGCUUCAUGCCGAAGGACAUGACGUUCCCUGGGUUCGACAGCCGUCAGCUGAUACAGCUUGAAACGGAAGUGUAUGGACUCGUCUCUGGACCAGCUUGGUGGCGUCGAAGUUUCUUGGAAUACUGCGUCACGAAUCUUCGAUACCGCAUCAAUCCUUACGACAGAUGUGUCUUGAGCCUUGAUGGUCCAGAAGCUCGAGAAGGAGAGGAUCCCACCAAAAUCAAGACCAAAGGUCUGAUGAUCAUUGAAGUGGACGACAUCCUAGAGGCCGGAGAUGACGACCACGUGUCCAAGAUGAAGGUUCUUGCCGAGAAGGUCAGAUUUGGCAAGAUCGAGGAGCUCAAUCAACCUGAUGGAAAAGGUGCAGGAUACGCAGGACGACGCAUCCAGCAAUGGGACGAUUUCAGCUUCUCCUACCACAUGCAGGACUAUGUCGACAACCGCCUCAAGCCUCUCACACUUCACAGGAAGGUGCUGAAGAAGGACGCCGAACAUGUUAAGUUAAACCCUGAGGAAACACAGGCACUUCGAGCAGUCGUAGCAGCCAUCAACUGGACAGCCCGUGAAGGAAGACCUGAUGCUGCUGCCACCGCAAGCAUUCUGAGUGGAGUGUUUCCUGAGCCGACAGUCCAGCAUUUGUAUCAAGUCAAUGAUGCCAUCAACCACCUCAAGCAAAACCACGUGACGAUCAAGAUUCAUGCUAUUCCUGAAGAGCAACUACGUCAUUUGGUCAUUGCAGACAGCUCGUUUGACCCUUCAGGUAAGACGAAGCCGCAGCAUGGUUGGUUGCAAGGCCUGACGACUUCUGAGUUGAAUGCUGGUCGAGAUGCCCAAUACAAUGACCCCAGCGCAUUAGCGAUUGUAGAUGCCAAGUCAGUUUUCGACGGAGCCAGUUCCGAGCAAGCUCAAGGCGAAGACGAGAGAACAGCCCUUGAGAUUGCUGUGAUUCAGGCGCCCGAGCUCAGUGCUUUGGCCGCGCCCUUGGCCACGGAGAUUACGCUGCGGCUGCUGCGCAGCAACGCGGCGCCGGAAACCCUGGCGGUGGCCAUUGGUGUGGUGGCGAAUGCAUCGGCCUUGGACAAAGAGACGCCACUGGUGGAUGCCUUAGCCGCCAUGGACGAAGUUCAGAAGGAGGCGGUGCAGGAGAAGUUUCCUGAGGAGACCCAAAGGCGCCUUUGGAUCAUCGAGGCGGCGUGGCCCAUCAUCGAAGAGCUGGGGCUCUGGCCGACGGAGUCGACGGAGACGUCCACGGAUGAAGAAACUACGAAACGGCAGAAGGACAUUGACGCCAUCGCACACUUGACGCCCAAAGUGGAGGGUUUCAGCUCCGUUUUGCCAGGUGGUGUGGACGAUGUGGAACUGGCAACUUGGGGACAUGAAUGGGAAACUGAGCAACAGGAGGCCGAAGACGCAGCGGGAGCGACGGCCGAAGUGUUGGCAGCGGAGGCGGCAGUGGAGGUCAGCAAGUCUGCAAAACUCUCGGGUCCCUUGGGUGAUCUGAACGUGCCAGCGCCGGGGCCAAAGACCUUAGGUCGCAGAUCUGCGCUCUUCUCUCAGCUGGCGACGAGUCCCAAAGAUCUGCGCUGUGCUUUGGAUGGCCGGUUGUGUACCGAGCCCGUGUUCGCAGCCCCAAACGGCGAUUUGUUAGACGUACUAUACCAGCGUUCCAGCAUUCUGGCGUGGUUGAGCCAGCGGCAAGUGUGUCCCAUUACGGGUGCCUUGGUCUUUUACGUCCUCCCUGGAGGAAGGGCAGAUUUUCUUCGCCAAAGUAGGGUCAACUCUCCACCUUUUUUUUGUGUACCAUCUGGUUAUGACUAA